AUGUUUUCCAAGAUUUCAGUAACAGCAUCAAGUAAUCUACUUAGAAAUCAAUCGAAGUUUUGCUGUCAAGCCUCAGGACAUGCAAUAAGGAGGACAAAACUGCUGACUGUGCGUCCACUUACUCAAUAUGCCCCAAACGAUCAAAUUUACCUUCAUCCACUAGAAAACAAAAUUGCGGUUUCCUUUUCCAGAUUGCCAACCUCUAUUCCUUUGGGUUACUCACUGUCGAUGACUGUUACUCCCCAGCUGUUUGAGCCCAAUCCUCAAUUCUUGCCUCUUUUGCAUUCUAUUAUUGCAUCGAAUGUCGAUAGGGACUUUGCUUUUAUAGUAGAGGCGGGUGUCAAUGCCAACACAUUCAUGCCAGUUUAUGAUUUCCGUGAAGUUCCAAGGUUUGGAAGACGCCCAGAAAUUGACAACGUGUUUGGUUAUGUCCAAGUGGACGAACUGGGAAAGAUUGUCCCCGGACUGUUUGAAGCAAAUGAAAUGUAUCGGAUCUGCAAUGCUUCAGGAUUGCCACGUUUGAGUGACCACAUGUAUGGACAAAUACAGACAGCACUCGAGCAGCAUAGUUAA